GUUCAGUAGCAGGCGUAUCGCUGUGUGUGUAGUUUAGAAUACAUCAUGGCUGGAAAUCAGCGAGUGUGCGUUAUUGGCGCAGGACCUGGUGGGAUGUCCUUUUUAUACCAAAACAAUAAGUUAAAAGCAGCCGGGAAAGGGUGUGUAGAUGUCGUCUGCUACGAGAAACAGUCCAACUGGGGAGGUCUGUGGAACUUUACCUGGAGAACAGGUGUGGAUGAAUAUGGUGAAUUUUGCCACGGAGGCCAGUACCGUGACCUCUGGUCCAAUGGUCCCAAAGAGUGCCUGGAGUACCCGGAUUAUACCUUUGAGGAUCAUUUUGGGAAGGUCAUCCCCUCUUUCCCUCCACGGACUGUUUUAUUCGACUACUUACAAGGUACUU